GUAAAAUUGGAAUUUAGUGAACUAUGGCUAAGUGUUGAAAUAUGGAUGAGGCUGCUGGUAUUUAUUUCCUUGCGCAUCAAACAAUUUCAUGUCCCAUCUCUACUUCUUUGAAUCCCAAUUAUCUUCCUUCCUCUUCUCUGAUCUCUCUACUCGCCUUACCUUAAAACAGAUCAUCAUACUACCGCCAUGGCCGGCGAACCUGAAUACCAGCGUAACGGAAGCCUCAGCAAUAGAAGCAAUUGCUCAUUCCGGCUCCGAAGUCCGAGCCUCAAUUCCGUCCGUCUCCGGCGGGUCUUCGAUCUCUUCGAUCGGAACAACGACAACGUGAUCAGCGUCGACGAGCUCAGCGAGGCGCUGAACCUCCUCGGCCUGGACACCGAUUUCUCGCAGAUGGAAUCCACCGUCUGGUCUUUCAUCCAACCGGGGAGCUCCGGUUUGAGAUUCGAAGACUUCGACGCACUUCACCGGUCGCUCGACCACGUCUUCUUCGGAUCGCCGAUGGAUUCUGAUCUGAGCGGCGGUGAUGCGGCGGAUGCGCCGAGUAUCAGCUGCCCGGCGCAGGAGGAAAAUGAUCUGACGGAGGCGUUCAAGGUGUUUGACGAGGACGGCGACGGAUUUAUAUCCGCAAGGGAACUGCAGGCGGUUCUUGCAAAGUUGGGAUUAAAGGAAGAAGGCAGGGAGAUGGACAGAGUUGAGCAGAUGAUCUCGUCCGUCGAUCAAAAUCAGGACGGCCAGGUUGAUUUCUUCGAGUUCAAGGAUAUGAUGCGCAGUAUCAUUGUUCGUACUUAGAGCAUCUUUAAUGCUAAAACGUUAACGGUUCAUAUGUGGCAUAAAAGUUAGCCAAUCAAAAAAUAAUAAAUAAAAUAACUCUCUCCUUAUUUGAAGGAUUUUAUAUCUUUUUGAUAAGUUUCCCUUCACAAUGUCAAGCACAAUGUCUAGAUGUAGACAUUGUGAUUGACAUUGCAGGGAAAAACUUACCAAAAACACAUAAGACCGUGGAAAGACGGAGAGAGACAUGUCAUAAAAUCAAUCUUUUGUGUCUAUCUCUCUCAUGCCACAUGUGCACCGUGCACAUUGUAGCAUUGGAGAUGCUCUUAAAUGUAAUAAUGUAAUUUAUGAACUGUAUUCUUUUUCGAAGCUUAGCUAUUCCUUUCUCUAUUCCUUUUUUAUGUCCCAUGGAAAAAUUAUAAUUCAUGGAUUGAAUUGAAUUCUCAUAAUAGUAUAUGUGAAUUAGUGUGGUUGUACCGGAUUCAUCAUUUUUUCAAUCACUACUGAGAAAAUAAAAAGUGUAUGGCUGAAUAUUAACUAA